UGAACAUUUACCUCUGUAAUUCUACAGCUGGGCUCCAGCCUGUCUCCUCGGUUGAGGUGUGAGUUUCCCUGGCAUCUCCUGUGGUUCCCAGCAUGUACCUGAGGAGCGCUGCCCGUGCCCAGAACCUUCUCUGUGCUGGGAUCCAGCGGCUCCUGCUGGUCCAUCAGCGAUCCAAAGGGAGCUCUUACAAAGCUGUGAUCUUUGAGGAGAGCGGGGUGCUGCUCCCAGCCCCUCACAGGACAGCCACAGACUGGGAGGCCCGGAGCUGUGUUCCAGCYGGCACCAUCCAGCAAGCUGCUCUGUCUGGAGGGGAGAACAGCCUUUCUCUCAAGUAUUCCAGAGGAGAGCUGACAGCUGUGGAGUUYCUGCAGGAAUUGGGACAGCAGUGCUUUGAGAUUGCAAAUGUCCGUGUUCCAGUGGGCUCUUUUCUCUGGGAUUUAAUCCGAAAUGAGAUGAUAAAACAGCUCCCCAUAAUGGCAGAAGCAGCUCAGUGUAUCCGUGCAGAAGGGCUAAAGACAGCUCUGCUGAGCCACAACUUGUGCCUGGGGGAUGGAGAGAARUUCCUGCCCCCAGACCAACAGCACUUYGAUGUGAUGGUUGAAUCCCAUCAGGAGGGGAUGCCCAGGCCAAAUCCUGGGAUCUACAAGCUGUGCUUGGAGUGCCUGGGCAUCCAGCCCGAGGAAUCYGUCCUGCUGGACAGCAGCAGCCAGAACCUGAAGGCAGCAGCCCAGCUUGGCAUGAAAACGGUGAAGGUUGAUGAUCCAGAAGCAGCACUCAAAGAGCUGGAAACUCAUCUGGGAUUCCCUUUGCGAGGGUUUGUCCCCUACACUCAUUCAGUGAGACCAGGCAUGGAAAUCCCAAAGGAUCGUCUGCAAAAAUACCUUGAAGAUGUUCUUGCUGCCCACCCAACAGGCCCAGUGGAGUUACGGCAGUUUGACCAUGGGGAGCCCACCCGGAGCUAUUUGGUGAAGUUUGGAGGUCGUUUGCUGGUGCUGAAGAAGGAGGAGGAGCCUCCAGAUGGCUCCUCAGGCCCUUCUGUCCUGAGGGAAUACAGGAUCCUGAAGGCUCUCUCAGAGGCUGGUGUUCCUGUGCCCCCUGUGCUCGCUCUCUGUGAGGACAGAAGCAUCCUUGGCACCCCUUUCUACCUGCUGGAGCACCGUGCUGGCCACAUUCACCGUGCCGUGUCCCUGCCUGCAGUGCCGCCGCACCAGCGCAGGGCCUGCUAUGGUGCCAUGGCACAAAUCCUGGCCAGGAUCCACAGCCUGCACCUUGGAGCAGCCACACUGCAGGAGCUCGRGGAGCACGGAAAUUACAUCCAGCAGCAGUUUGAGACCUGGACAAAGCAGUAUCGAGCUGUGGAAACUCACGUUAUCCCAGCCAUGGAGAGACUCAUCCAGUGGCUGCCUCUGCAUUUUCCUGAAUCCCAGAAGACAACGGUGGUGCAYGGUGAUUUCAGGAUGGACCACCUGGUCUUUCAUCCAGACAGGCCAGAAGUCCUUGCUGUGCUGGGCUGGAAGUUUGCAACUCURGGAGAUCCCAUGUGUGAUUUGGCGAAUAACUGUAUGAGCUUCUUCCUGCCAGCCCACUUUAGUGCUCGCAGAGGCCUGAGGAAGUGUGAUUUGGGGCACCUGGGAAUUCCCACGGCAGAGGAGUAUUGCCAGAUGUACUGUGGCCACAUGGGAGUGGAGCUCCCGGAGAACUGGGAUUUCUACCUGGCCUUUGCCUUCUUCCGCCUGGCAGUGAUGCUGCAGGGUCGUCACCAACACUCCCUGGCAGGGAGGCCAGCUCCGGGUGACAGCAGCCCCAAGGAUGCAGAGUUUGUGGCUGAGCUGGCUUGGGAGUUUGCCAUAAAAGAAGGAUUCCGAGUGUUUGAGAGCCUGACCCCCACAAAGCUGCUCGCACGACAUUCCAGCACGUGGGCUGGGCAAGGGCCAUUCCUGAGCAGGAGUUACAGCACCUGGGCAUGGCCUGGGGCAGCCACUGUGCCCAAAGUGCCCCUGGUCACUCCCCACAYUGGCCURUUGGGGAUGGCUCGGGGUCUUUGCYGCAAACUGGACAACACAGGCAUCCAGUGGGGCUUUCCAAGUUCCCAUUCCAGAGGGAUCCAUGUCCUCUGCCAGAACUGCAGGGGGUUUGACACGCGCAGGGCUGCAACGGGAGCGAGGACACGUUGGAACAAGAGGUCCUUGYGAGUGCCGCUUCCUAAAGGGCUGCCCAGGAGCCACUGUCGGAGCAAGGAAGGGAAUCCAUCACCCUUCAAGGGAUACGGGCGGCCAAGGAUGAGAGGGGCUGAGAUCCAGCACAAGAGGAUUUCUUUUCGACUGAUCCAGGAAACACACAGCCUAAUCCGAGUCCUGCUGGAUAACCUCGGGCGGGCGUUUUGCCUCUCUGGGCUGUGCUGUUCCUCCCUGCCCCAAAGGGCUGACAGUCCCCUCUCCCGAGAGAAAUGCCUGGAAAGUGCAAAUGCAGGAGCCUCCAGCAAGGCUUUCAGCGACCCGGACCAUYUGGGACAGAAACUUCCUGAACUCACACAUUCUACGGUUUUUCUGUCGUCUGUAAUAAACCAGAGCCGUCCCUGUUACCCUUUACAAACUUCUCACUGA